AUGGUGGAGUUAGAGACAAACAACCGGAAUACUGACCCAGAGGAGGCUCGACUUCUGGCUGCUGUCCGAAUCGGCGCCGCAAGCGAUAGAGAAGUGCUCCAUGGACUCAAUGAGCGGUGCAAACUUUUUGAAGCCACCGACGAGGAGAUCGAGAUGUUGGAGCGAACAACUGAUCUACGCGGAUCAGAAGUACAACGACAUCUCCAAAAACAGCACACAGCACACACAGCGACACCCGAAGCACUCUUCGAGAAGUUAAGCAAAUUGGAAGAGGCCCACCCUGGAAAAGACUUUUUCAUUUUGGCGCCAAGAAGAUGUCAGGACUUUCGGCUCGCAAUUGGCUGUAAAAUGAUGGUCACCAAAAACAUCGCUGCAGCCGAUAAGGUGGUGAAUGGGCCCAUCGGGUGCCUGUCUGAAAUCGGUGAUGAUUUCAUAAUCAUUGACCUCCCGAAAACCGGCAAGUACAGAGUCAACCGUACCAAAUACCAAAAUGAGGAGGGAACUGUAUUCUGGGAACAAUUUCCAAUAAUGGCCGCCGAGGCUUCUACAUAUCAUAAGUCCCAAGGACUCUCUUUUGACGGUGUCAUCGUCGUCACUGACGGGAUUUUCAGGAAGACAGUGUACACACUGCCUUAUCCCGAGUCAGGGACUUGA